AUGGCCUGGGCUCCAGCCAAAACUCCCAGGGAGGCAUUGCUUUUGGUCUUGAGUGACCUGGAGGAGAACAAUUUCAAGAUACUAAAGUUCCACUUACGGGAUAUGUGUCAACCGCAUCUGGCUCGGGGAGAGCUGCAGGGCCUGAGCCCAGUGGACCUGGCGUCCCGGCUAACCCUAAUGUAUGGGGCUCACGAGGCUGUGAGGAUGGUGCUCAGGGCCCUGAAGACCAUGCACUUGUUGGAACUUGUGGAUCAGCUCAGCCACGUUUGUCUGAACGAUUACAGAGAAAUAUACCGAGAGCAUGUGCGUUGCCUGGAGGAGAAGGAAGCCUGGGGUGUCAAUGGCAGCUACAGUCAGCUGCUCCUGGUGGUGGCGGCAUUGAACUCAAAAAGCCCAAGAUCACCUCCCUGCCCCAACCUGGAGCAGGAGCUGGGCACUGUCCAGGUGGAGGUAGAGACUUUAUUUAGUCUAGGAGAAGAGCCCUGUCCAUCCCCAGCCUUAGUAGUGCUACAAGGGUCUGCGGGCACCGGAAAGACAACCCUGGUUAGAAAAAUGAUGCUGGACUGGGCCACGGGUACCCUGUACCAAGACCGGUUUGAUUAUGUGUUUUAUGUGAGCUGCAGGGAAGGGGUUUUGUUUCGGACAUGUGACCUGGACAGGCUCGUCUUCUGGUGUUGUGGAGAUAAUCAAGCCCCUGUCAGAGAGAUUCUGAAGCAGCCGGAGCGACUUCUGUUUAUCCUGGAUGGCUUUGAUGAGCUACAGAGGCCCUUUGAAAGACACUUACAGAAGCGGAGGUCCAGUCCCAUGGAGAAUGUGCUACACCUUUUAAUUCAGAGGAAAUUGCUUCCUACCUGCUCCCUCCUCAUCACUACUCGGCCUCCUGCACUACAGAGUCUGGAGCCCAUGCUGGAUCAACGAUGUCACUAUCAUGUCCAUAUCUUAGGCUUCUCGGAGGAAGAAAGGAAGAAGUAUUUCAGCCUUUUUUUUACAGAUGAGGGACAAGCCAGGGAUGCCUUGCACAGAGUAUCUACCAAUGCUGUUCUCUACAAAGCAUGUCAGGUUCCAGGCAUUUGCUGGGUAGUGUGCUCCUGGCUGAAGAGGCAGAUGGAACGAGGCCAGUUGGUCUUGGAGACACCCAGCAAUAGUACUGACAUCUUCACUGCCUAUAUCUCCACCUUUCUGACCACCGAUGAUGAGGACCCUAACUGCUCUGAGCUUACCCGGCACAAGGUCCUGAAGAAUCUGUGCUCUUUGGCAGCUGAGGGCAUCCAACAUCAGAGGUUCCUAUUUGAAGAAGCAGACCUCAGCAGGCACAAUUUACAUGCCCCCAGCCUUACUGCUUUCCUGAACUGUGAUGAUUAUCAGGAAGGACUUGACAUGAAGAAAUUCUACAGCUUCCGACACAUUAGUUUCCAGGAAUUUUUUUAUGCCAUGUCUUUCCUGGUGAAGGAGGACCCAAGCCAGUUGGGGAAGGAGACCCAAAGAGAGGUGGAAAGGCUGGUGGGGAUAAAGGAGCAGGAAAAGAAUGAAGAAAUAACACUCAGCAUGCAAUUUUUACUGGACAUAUUGAAAUGUGAGAGCCCUGUGAAUGUGGGCUUUAAAUUCUUCUUCAAAAUCGCUCCGCCAGUCAUGGAGGAUCUGAAGCAUUUUAAAGAACAGAUGGAACGUAUAAAGCACCACCGAUCCUGGGAUUUGGAAUUCUCCCUGUAUGACAAUAAAAUAAAGAAAUUAGCUAAGGGUAUUCAGCUGACUGAUAUGGUGUUCACAAUGGGUUCAAAUGAAAAGAAAUCAAAGGGAAUGUACAUCAACUACAGUGUAAGUAAAAGAUACAAAGAGGGGCAAAGAGAGUCUCUUAUGGGCAAAGGCAAUGGAACCAGGACACAAAGGGGGACUCCUAAUACGAAAAUCAGGGGGUCAGAGGAGCUAGGCCAACAAGUUAGGAGCAGCACAUUGGCAAGCAGAGAAAAAGGGGCAAGGGAGAUAGAGGGCAAGAAGGAUGGUGAGGUGGAAAGAUUGGAGGAUGAGAAAGCAAAGAUAGAGAUCAAAAAGGAUGGAGAGGAGAGAGGCUGGAAUCGGGGGUACCCACAAGAAUGA